AUACACAGCCCUAGAAGGAAUAGCAGACCUAUAAUAGCUGACCUCGCUCCGAUUCUCUCUUCAUUCUGGUCUUUCCCCAUCACUCUUCCUUUCUCUCUGCUCCGAGCUCUCUCCCAUUAUCUCCUUCACUCUCUAAACCGAAUCCAAUCUCUGAACGCCGAACCACGCAAGGCAUCUGCUUCGAUUGAUUAUACAUAUUACCACACAGAAGUAUAAAUCGACUGUGUUAUUUAAUUUCGUCCCUUGAUCGUCUAGGGUUUUGGAGGUUGGUUUCUGGUGUUUGCUGGAGUUCAAUUGCCAUCCGUCGAAAUCACAAAAUCUAGAUGGGUCGGAAGAAGCCUACCGCCCGUGAAGACGACAGCGGCCCUGCGGUAGCGGCCCAGGGCGCUGGAGGGAAAUCAAAGAAGAAGGCGCCGGUGAUUGAUGAUGAUGAGUACUCGAUAGGGACGGAUUUGUCGGAGCAACAACCAGUUCAGGAGGAGAAAUCAUUGCUAGUUGGCGGUGGCAAGAAGAAGGGGAAGAAGGGAAGUGCCAAGAAUUCGCAAUAUAAAGACGAGGAUGUAGAGGAAAGGAGUAUCAACGAAGAGGAUGAUGAUGAUGUUCUGGAUGUACAGUUUAAAGGGAAGAAGAAGUCCAAGUCCAAGAAUAGUGGGAGCAGCAGUUUGUUUAGUGCUUCCAGUUUUGGGUUACUCGAGGAGGACGAUAAGGAUGGGAAUGAAGAUGAUGAUGAAAAGUCUGGCAUAACUGAUGAUAAAGAUGAUGUUGUUGGCAGCGAUGAUGAGGAGUCUGUUGUAGUUUUUAAGGGGAAGAAAAAGUCAUCGAAGUCAAAAAAGAGUAGUGGUAAUUUGUCCAAGCCAUCGGCUUUUGGGGCAAUUGCUGAUGAAGAUGGGGAUGCUAUUGAUGAUUCGGUAACAGAGCAGCAACCUGAUCAUGAUGAAGAGCCAGUUAUUGCUUUUUCAGGAAAGAAGAAACCAUCAAAAUCUAAUAAAAAGAGUAGUGGUAAUGUGUUCAACGAGUCUAAUUUUGAUGGGCUUGAUGAUGGGGAUGAUGAAGUGAAGGCUGAAGUUGAAGAUGAAGAACAGGAUGCAACUACCAUUACUUUCUCAGGUAAGAAAAAGAAAUCUUCAAAGGCUUCAAAGAAGAGUGUUUCAUUUUCUGCUGCUUUUAUUGAUGAAGAAAACAAAGAGGGAACAUCUGUCUCUAAGUCAGGGGGUGAGCCAACUACUGAUGAUAUUGGUGCUCAGGAUGAAGAUGCAUCAGUUAUUACAAUUUCUGGUAAAAAAAAGUCUUCAAAGAAGAAAAAUAAUAGUGUGUUUGGCGCACUGGAAUCUGGGCUUGAUGAUGAAUCAUUUGAUGCGGUUCAACCUGAGCAACCUACUGUGAUUACUGAGAAUAAAGUGGCUGAUGAUUCCAGAAGUAGCAAACAGGUAAAUGAAGAAAUGGCUGAAACUUCAAAAAACAAAAAGAAGAAAAAGAAGGGUGGAAGGACUGCUCAAGAAGAGGACGAUCUUGACAAAAUUCUUGCGGAGCUUGGUGAAGCAUCUCCUACGUCAAAACCUGCUCCUGCUCUGCCUCAGGAGGACAAGGCUCAGACUCAGCCUGAACCAGUUGGUUCUGUAGAUGCUGCAGUUGAAAAGGAAGUUGAAGAAGAGGGGGUUGUGGAGUCUGCUGCUGCAAAGAAGAAGAAAAAGAAGAAGGAAAAAGAAAAAGAGAAGAAGGCAGCAGCAGCUGCUGCAGCAACUGCACCCCCAGAGGAAGAAAAACAAGAAGAAACAAAGAAUGAAACUAAAAUUAAAUCAACAGAUAAAAAAGUCCCAAAGCAUGUAAGGGAGAUGCAGGAGAGACUAGCCAGACUCAAGGAGUUGGAGGAAAAGAAGAAGAGGGAAGAAGAGGAGAGGUUAAGGAAGGAAGAGGAAGAACGAAGGCGGCAGGAAGAACUUGAAAGGCAAGCAGAAGAGAAGAAACGCCUAAAAAAGGAAAAGGAAAAGGAGAAGCUUUUGAGGAAGAAGCAGGAAGGAAGGCUUUUAACGGGGAAACAAAAGGAAGAAGCUCGGCGACUGGAGGCAAUGAGGAACCAGAUACUUGCUAAUUCAGGAGGUUUGCCUCUUCCUACUGGUGAUGGGGCUGGCGCCCCUACCAAACGGCCAAAGUAUCAAACAAAGAAGUCAAAACCACAUCAGUCUCAAGCAAAUGGUGUUGCUCCUGCAAAGGCUGUUGAAAGCAUGGAAGCAAAGGACUACCAGCAGGAAGAAGUGGCUGACGUUGAUUCUGUGGAACCAGAAAAGGUAGAGGAAGAGGAUACACAAAUGGAGGAGAAAACAGAAGCUGACAAUGUGGCUGAAGAGAAUGGAAUUGAAGAAGAAGAAGACGAUGAGGAUGAGUGGGAUGCGAAGAGUUGGGAUGAUGCAGAUCUCAAACUGCCUGGUAAAAGUGCAUUUGCUGAUGAAGAGGUUGACUCUGAGCCUGAGCGCGUGAUUAGAAAAGAGGUAAAGGGUGCACUUUCAUCCAGUCAUGAUGCAGGCCCACCUGCUGUGUCUGCCAAGCCUGCCAUUACAUCCCAGAAAGUUAGGUCUACCUUGCCCGUUAAAUCUCAUGAUGUUGAAAGUAAAAAAAGCCAGCCUGAUACUGCUGUUACAGAUAACCAGAGUGAAAGUAACCUCCGAUCCCCUAUUUGCUGCAUUAUGGGUCAUGUUGAUACUGGGAAAACUAAGCUGCUUGAUUGUAUUCGAGGGACUAAUGUUCAGGAAGGUGAAGCUGGAGGAAUUACUCAACAAAUUGGUGCAACAUAUUUUCCAGCAGAGAACAUAAGAGACAGAACAAAAGAACUGAAAGCUGAUGCGAAGCUGAAGGUCCCAGGUCUAUUGGUUAUUGAUACCCCUGGACAUGAAUCGUUCACUAACUUAAGGUCUCGGGGUUCUGGUUUAUGUGACAUUGCAAUUUUGGUUGUCGAUAUUAUGCAUGGGUUAGAACCACAGACCAUUGAAUCACUCAAUCUUCUGAAGAUGAGGAAUACCGAAUUUAUUGUUGCAUUGAAUAAGGUGGACAGAUUAUAUGGGUGGAAAAUUUGCCGGAAUGCACCAAUUGUGAAGACAAUGAAGCAACAAUCCAAAGAUGUCCAAAUGGAAUUUAAUACGAGGCUCACUCAGGUUAUUACCCAGUUUAAGGAACAAGGAUUAAACACAGAAUUAUAUUAUAAAAACAAAGAAAUGGGGGAAACUUACAGUAUUAUACCCACAAGUGCAAUCAGUGGUGAAGGCAUUCCUGAUCUAUUGUUAUUGUUAGUUCAAUGGACUCAGAAGACAAUGGCAGAAAAACUUACAUACAGUAAUGAGAUUCAGUGUACUGUUUUGGAGGUUAAGGUUGUUGAAGGCCAUGGAACUACCAUUGAUGUUGUGUUAGUUAAUGGUGUGCUUCAUGAAGGAGAUCAGAUAGUUGUUUGUGGCAUGCAGGGACCUAUUGUUACCACAAUUCGAGCAUUACUGACGCCACAUCCAAUGAAGGAACUCCGUGUUAAGGGAACCUAUCUGCAUCAUAAAGAAAUCAAGGCUGCCAUGGGUAUCAAGAUUACUGCACAGGGACUUGAGCAUGCAAUUGCUGGAACUAGUCUGUAUGUGGUGGGUCCUGAUGAUGAUUUAGAAGAUAUUAAAGAUGCAGCCAUGGAAGAUAUGAAGUCAGUAUUGAGCAGGAUUGAUAAAACUGGUGAGGGAGUUUGUGUUCAGGCCUCUACCCUUGGAUCAUUGGAAGCAUUGCUGGAGUUCUUGAAAUCUCCAGCUGUAAGCAUACCUGUUAGUGGUAUAAGUAUUGGUCCAGUACACAAAAAGGAUGUCAUGAAGGCCAGUGUCAUGCUUGAGAAGAAAAAGGAAUAUGCCACAAUCUUGGCCUUUGAUGUUAAAGUGACACCAGAGGCUCGGGAGCUUGCGGAUGAAGCUGGUGUCAAGAUAUUCUGUGCUGAUAUCAUCUAUCACUUAUUUGAUCAGUUCAAGGCCUACAUUGACAAUCUGAAGGAAGAAAAGAAAAGGGAAGCUGCUGAAGAGGCAGUUUUUCCAUGCGUACUCAAGAUCAUGCCAAACUGUGUUUUUAACAAAAAGGACCCCAUUGUUUUGGGGGUUGAUGUUCUUGAAGGCAUUGCCAAGGUUGGAACUCCAAUUUGUAUACCCCAGAGGGAGUUUAUUGGUAUUGGUCGAAUUGCAUCAAUAGAGAAUAAUCACAAGCCAGUUGAUUAUGCAAAGAAAGGCCUGAAAGUGGCCAUCAAGAUUGUGGGCAGCAAUCCAGAGGAGCAGCAAAAAAUGUUUGGCAGGCAUUUUGAGCUUGAAGAUGAGCUUGUUAGCCAUAUCUCCAGGAAAUCAAUUGACAUACUUAAAGCUAAUUAUCGGGAUGACCUGAGUAUUGACGAGUGGAGGCUGGUUGUGAAACUGAAAAACCUCUUCAAGAUACAGUAAGUUCUGAACAUCAUCAGCGCAUCAGCAAAGCAUCCAUCUUUCCAGAUGCAAGGAGAGGGGCUUUCGGGGGUUAAUGUAAAGAACCAGCAGCAAUUUGUGAAGCGGAGAGAUUUACAGAGUCGAACAACCGAUAGGUUGACAUAUAUGAUGAAAGAAGGAUGAGUUAAGGAAUUUGAUGCCAAAUUUUGACUUGCAUAGUGAGCUCUUUGAUUGCAAUCAUGAUGCCGUCUUUGUGAUGAUUUGUUGGGCUGUUGUUGUUUAUGAAUUGAAGAGGUUGUUUGCAUGAAAGAAAAGCAAGCUGGUGGGUACCACCGGCAAAGACAGAGACACAAAUAGAGAGAGAGAGAGUGAUUCAUGUGUUCACUUUCAAAUCUUUUCUUAAGCUUAUGUUGGCGAUUCUUUUCUAUUACCUUCAUCAAUCAAAGGGCUCAUCUUUUGGGAAAUUGUUUUAA